AUGACCAGGAAGAUCUUCACAAACACCAGGGAGCGCUGGAGGCAGCAGAAUGUCAACAGUGCCUUUGCCAGGCUGAGGAAGCUCAUCCCUACUCACCCUCCAGACAAAAAGUUAAGCAAGAAUGAAACACUUCGUCUGGCAAUGAGGUAUAUCAACUUCUUGGUCAAGGUAUUAGGGGAGCAAAGUCUCCAGCAAGCAGGAGUAGUGGCUCAGGGAAACAUUCUGGAACUCUUCCCCCAAGAACCCCACCUGCCGGAUACUCUGCUGGGUGACUGCAAGGUGCCCUCACCUGGCCCCAGUCACCACGUUCCCUAG